UUUUGUCGGGGCCAGAUUUCCAAUCGAGGUACACGGCAGGGGAAACUGCGUCCGGGGCGUGUUAGGGUGAAUCCUCAGUAGGACGUCUGUAUGCCCCGGAGGAUGGUCUGGGUUCUUCCCCGCGCGCGACACUAAUCGCCCGCCCGCACACCUUCUUCAUCGGACCGAAGGAGACUCACAGUCAGCCAGGGCUCCUGCGGGCAGGCUGGCUGAGGGAGACCAACUCCGGCCGGUAACUUCCACGCAGCCCGCCCGCGUCCCGAGACUUCGCCUCACGUUCGCCGGCGCCGGAGGGGCUGGGACGCUGCCAGGCGUCUCCGGGCAUGGGGAGCCGGGUCGCCUGCGGGGAGCAUGUGGCUGCUGCCUCCGUCUUCCCCAUGUGCUGCCGCUGAGCUGGGAGCCCGGAGCCCCGAGCGGGAGCCUGCCGCCUGGUGAGCAACUAGGGGGAAGCGGGAACCCCCUGCAACGCCCUGACACAGGCCUCCCCCGUCCCACCACGGAUCCCGCUUCCCUGAGCCCCAGACCCCCGCGCCGCGACUGGCAGCUCCCCGGCGCCUCCGCAUGGCCCUCCCCGAGCGACCCUGGCCCCUCGUCCCUGACACCCUCCUGGCCCCUUGUCUGUGACCCUGGCCCCCAGGCACGGACGUCUCGGCUUUUCAUCGCGGGCCGCCGCCACCCGUGACUGGCCCAUAAUCACUGGCACCCUGCUUCUCCCGACUGACUGGCCUCUAUUCACUAACCCCCCCACCCCCCGAUUGAUCCUUUCUUGAACCUCCCUCCUUCCCAGACUCACCUGCCCCUGAUCAUUGACCUCCCCCAAUUCCUGGAUCCUUCCAGUCCACUUCUCUUUGAACCUCCCCCCGGAAGCUCUUUGUCCCCAAUUCACCCCACUUCUCCAACCCUUGCCAUUCAAAUCCACCCCAGAGUGGCCCAGCCACUCCCCCAUGUUUUUCCUUUAACCUGACUCCACUCACCACUUCCUCUAAUCCUGUCUUCCUUCACUUCCCCCCUUCACUUCCUAAAUACCAAAUAUUCCUUAAACCCAUGUUACACCCAAAUUUGACCUUAUUUCUUCCAAAACCUAGAUCCUGUCCCUAAUAGCCCCAACCCCAAGAACCUAUGCACCAAGCCACUCAACUGGUCCUCCUUCCAAAAAUCAAUAACCACCACCCACAAUCUCUCUGAAAAUCAACCCUCCCCCUUACUGAGUUUGAUGGAGUGAUGCGAUUUGCCCAUCUCCUGGAUUAUCGUUUUGGGUGACUGAAGAAAUUUUUGCUGCUAUUGUUUCAUCAUUUUACUUUUUUUGCACAAAGAUUUUUCUGAAUGUCAUGAGAGAUGAAAGGAAAUUUUGGAUGUUUGUUUCCACCCUUUGGAAGCUGCAGAAGCAAAGGGGAAAUGCACCAGAGGAACUGAGCUCCAUCUAAUUGAGGAAAUCUAUUAUUUGCCAGAUUGCUGAUUUCAUUGGACUGCUGAAAAGAUCAGCACAAAGUUUACAUCCAAAUUCAGUGAGGAAUGAAGGGGGGUUGAAAAAGAAGCUUACAACAAAAUCUAGACUUGAAGUUUCCAUUGCUUUCCUUUUGACCUGGAAGGGAUCACUUCAUCUCUCCCCCCCCCCCCCCAGUAAUAAGCUAUUUUUGUGGAAUUCAUAACUGGAGAAUUAAAGUAGUAGAAUGACCUCCCCUGUGGAUCCCAAGAUUAAACAGGCUUUGCGAAAAAAACCAUCAGAAAGGACUCAAGAGGACUUAAAUACUAUCUAUUCUUAUCUUCAUGGAAUGGACAUAUUGUCACAUCUCAGGGAACAUCAGCUAAGAAUAAUGUCUUCAAGUGCUCGCUAUGAAAGAUACAAGGGCAACCAAGUUCUUUUUUGUUCAGACACUAUUGCCAGAUGUUGGUAUAUUCUUCUUUCUGGAUCUGUCCUUAUGAAGGACUCCAUGUUUUUACCACCAUGCAGUUUUGGCAAGCAGUCUGGAGGAAAAAGAGGAUGCGAGUGUAUUAUAUUGGAACCUUCUGAAAUGAUCGUGGUGGAGAAUUCCAAAGACAAUGAAGAGAAUAUCCUGCAAAGAGAAGUUCCCUUCAGGCAGUCUCGGCGAAGGUUUAGGAAGAUUAACCAGCGGGGAGAACGUCAGACCAUCACAGACAAUGUGGAUGCUAGCAGUUAUCUUUCGCUUCCAGCAGACCUUUCCAAGAUGCAUCUUACAGACAAUCCACAUCCACAGGUGACUCAUGUCCCUUCCAGCCAGUCUGGGUGUAGCAUUGCCAGUGACUCUGGAAGCAGCAGCUUAUCAGAUAUCUACCAGGCUACAGAAAGUGAUAUGGGAGAUGUAGAUUUAACGGGUCUCCCAGAAGCACCUGUGGACUCUGAAGAUGAUGAAGAAGAAGAUGAAGAUAUUGACAGAACUUCAGAUCCAUUACUGGGGCGAGAUGUUGUACGAGAGUGCCUUGAAAAAGAACCUGCAGACAAAACGGACGAUGACAUUGAGCAAUUACUGGAAUUUAUGCAUCAACUCCCAGCCUUUGCAAACAUGACCAUGUCUGUAAGAAGAGAACUUUGUUCAGUUAUGAUAUUUGAAGUGGUAGAACAAGCAGGAGCCAUCAUACUUGAAGAUGGACAAGAACUUGAUUCUUGGUAUGUUAUUUUAAACGGCACCGUGGAAAUCAGCCAUCCAGAUGGGAAAACUGAAAGUCUCUGUAUGGGAAAUAGUUUUGGGAUUAUCCCUUCUUUGGAUAAACAGUACAUGAAUGGAGUGGUUAGAACCAAAGUAGAUGACUGUCAGUUUGUUUGUAUAGCCCAGCAGGAUUACUGGCGGAUUCUGAACCAUGUGGAAAAAAACACUCAUAAAGUCGAGGAAGAAGGAGAAAUUGUUAUGGUAAAGGAGCACAGAGAGCUAGAUCGCAGUGGAACCAGGAAAGGACAUAUAGUCAUUAAGGCAACACCUGAGCGACUCAUCAUGCAUUUAAUAGAAGAACAUUCUAUUGUCGACCCAACUUAUAUAGAAGAUUUCCUUUUAACGUACAGGACAUUUCUAUCAAGCCCAUUGGAAGUUGGGGAUAAACUCCUGGAGUGGUUUAAAGUGGACAGCCUCAGGGAUAAGGUCACCAGAGUGGUCUUAUUGUGGGUGAACAAUCAUUUUAAUGAUUUUGAAGGAGAUCCCGCUAUGACACGAUUUCUGGAAGAAUUUGAAAAAAACUUGGAAGAUACGAAAAUGAAGGGUCACCUCAGGUUGUUGAAUAUUGCCUGUGCCGCCAAAGCAAAGUGGAGGCAAAUUACUCUGCAGAAACCUUCCAGAGACUCGCCGCUCUUUUUCUGUCUAGUUGGAGGAAGUGACAAGGGUUUUGGCAUUUUUGUAGAGACAGUAGAAACAGGCAGCAAAGCAGCAGAAGCUGGACUUAAGCGUGGUGAUCAGAUAAUGGAAGUAAAUGGACAGAACUUUGAGAACAUUACAUUUGUAAAAGCUGUUGAAAUCUUGAGGAACAAUACUCAUCUUUCCAUUACUGUAAAAACAAACAUUUUUGUGUUUAAAGAGCUGCUUAGCAGGAUAGGACAGGAGAAAAAUGGAGUCCCCCAUAUUCCAAAAAUUGCAGAAAAGAAAAGUAAUCGCUAUUCCAUCCCAGAUAUGCCCGGAGAUAUGGAACAGAUGUUUCCAUGCGAGAAAGGAAACAAGAAAAUCAAAGCAAACACUGUAUCUGGUGGAAGAAACAGAAUCAGGAAAAUUUUAGACAAGACACGAUUCAGCAUCUUGCCUCCCAAACUAUUUAGUGAUGGCAGUGUAAGCCAGUCACAGGAUGAUAGUAUUGUUGGAACAAGGCAGUGCAGACACAGUUUGGCCAUAAUGCCUAUCCCUGGAUCACUCUCAUCAAGUAGUCCUGAUCUGUUGCAGCCUACAACCAGCAUGCUGGAUUUUACUAAUCCUUCAGAUAUUCCAGAUCAAGUUAUAAGAGUUUUCAAAGCAGAUCAACAAAGCUGUUACAUUAUAAUAAGCAAAGACACUACUGCAAAAGAAGUUGUGAGUCAUGCAGUGCACGAAUUCAACUUGAUAGGAGCCUCAGAAACCUAUUCUCUCUGUGAGGUGUCUGUUAGUCCCGAGGGAGUCAUCAAACAGAGAAGGCUUCCAGAUCAGUUCUCUAAAUUAGCAGACAGAAUCCAGCUCAAUGGAAGGUAUUAUCUGAAAAACAAUAUGGAAACAGAGACAUUAUGCUCAGAUGAGGAUGCCCAGGAGCUGCUCAGAGAGAGUCAGAUUUCUCUUCUUCAGCUGAGCACCAUUGAGGUGGCUACUCAGCUAUCAAUGAGGGACUUUGAAUUAUUUCGCAAUAUUGAGCCUACUGAAUACAUCGAUGACCUCUAUAAGAUGGACUCCAAAACAGGAAAUGCUCACCUGAAACAGUUUGAGGAUGUCAUUAACCAAGAGACAUUCUGGGUUGCCACAGAAAUUUUAACAGAGCCCAACCAGCUCAAAAGAAUGAAGAUUGUUAAGCAUUUCGUUAAAAUUGCCCUACACUGUCGAGAAUGCAAGAACUUCAAUUCCAUGUUUGCCGUUAUAAGUGGACUAAAUCUGGCACCAGUAGCACGACUCAGAGGUACCUGGGAAAAGCUACCAAGCAAGUAUGAAAAGCACCUUAGAGACCUUCAAGAUCUUUUUGAUCCAUCUAGAAACAUGGCAAAAUACCGCAACAUUCUUAGCAGUCAGAGCAUGCAGCCUCCAAUUAUUCCACUGUUUCCUGUUGUCAAGAAGGAUAUUACAUUUCUACAUGAAGGAAAUGAUUCAAAAGUGGAUGGCCUGGUAAAUUUUGAGAAGCUUAGAAUGAUUGCCAAAGAAAUUCGACAAGUCGUCAGAAUGACCUCUGCUAACAUGGAUCCAGCUGUAAUGUUCAGACAAAGGAAGAAGAGGUGGAGGAGUUUGGGGUCUCUGAGCCAGGGCAGCACAAACUCAAACAUGCUUGAUGUUCAAGGAGGUGCUCACAAAAAGCGUGCUCGACGGAGCUCACUCCUUAAUGCCAAGAAGCUGUAUGAGGAUGCCCAGAUGGCCAGGAAAGUGAAGCAGUACCUUUCCAAUCUGAAUGUGGAAACCGAUGAGGAAAAAUUCCAGAUCAUGUCACUUCAAUGCGAGCCUGCAUAUAGCACUUUGACCAAGAAUUUAAAUGAGAGAAAAGGUGCAAAAUCCUUAGAAAUGUCACCAAUACCCAUGAGGUCAGUUGGUCAAACCACAAAAGCCCAUCUGCAUCAACAAAACAGAAUGAGCCAAGUUCUCCAAGUUCCAGCUGUUAAUUUGUACCCUAUUAGAAAAAAAGGACCAGCUAAGGACCAUGUCACCUUCAGUUCUCCUCAGAAGUCACUCAGUUUGUCUGAGGAAGUAAGUGGUAAGAAACAAGCAGAAGAUAGUAUAUCUAUGGCAUCCUCUUUGCACUCCAGUCCUCCCGCUUCUCCUCAGGGCUCUCCACACAAAGUUGGUAACAUCCAGAGGUCUGAUAACUGUGGUCAAAUGAAUCUCUCUGGUUCCUCCUCAUCGCUUGCCAGUGAAACCAGCAACAAGAACAGUGGGCAACGCAGCUAUGGAAUAGGCUAUGCCCUCAUACCAUCCACUAAAGCUGAUAACUUCUCAGACUCCAGCCACAGUGAGAUCUCAUCGCGGUCCAGCAUCGUGAGUAACUGCUCUGCCGACUCAAUGUCUGCAGCCCUGCAGGAUGAGAGAUGUUUGCCUCAGUCUCUUAUUGUGAUGGAUUCAGCAGGAGGAGUAGAAAGAAAAGAAGUUCCUCAACCAUCGGCUGAGUAUAGCCAGCCUACCACUGGUUGGUCACUAACUAGACCUGCUAUAAUCAGAGGGAUGGCUGUCACAUCUUCCAUGAGUAAUGAGGAGAUCUCCCACGAACAUAUCACAAUAGAUGCUGCAGACAGUGGCCGUGGAAGCUGGACUUCAUGUUCAAGUAGUUCUCAUGAUAAUUUUCAGAAUAUCCAAAACCAGAAAAGUUGGGAUCUUUUGAGUGCUUACCGCCACACUCAUCUAGAUGGACCCAUUGCUGAAGUAGAACCUACAAACUGUUGCUCUGAAGAGACUUAUUUGUAUUCUGAAACCUUUUCCAAAAAUAAUCGACAGUCAAAAGCCAGCAUGGAACAUGAUCAAUCUCGGCAAAGCUGGGCCUCCUCGAGCUCUUUGUCAGACACGUAUGAAACAAACUAUGGGACAAUUAAACGGAGAGGGCUGGAGAGCACAGCAGAGCAGACUGAGGUUUUGGACUCUAAGCCAGCCACUGAUGCAAAUUAUAAAACUGUUACUUCAAGUACAGAAAAAGGCCUGAUAGUGUACUGUGUCACCUCACCUAAGAAGGACGAUAGGUAUAGGGAGCCUCCGCCCACCCCUCCAGGAUAUAUGGGGAUUUCUUUAGCGGACAUAAAGGAAGGAUCACCCCAUCACCCACACUUAAAGCCUCCAGACUAUAGUGUGGCAGUGCAGAGGUCAAAGAUGCUACAUAGUGACCUCUCUAGACUUUCAUCAGCUUCUCUCAGUAGUGAACCAGUGGCCUGUAUUUCAUCGAAGAUGCCUCAAUGGCAUAAACGGCAACCGUCCCAUCCUAAACUAGCAGAUAUGACUGACGCAGAUAGUGAAGAGGAUGAAGAUGAACAAGUAUCAGCAGUCUAACCAUUGGGCUAUCUAUGAAAACCACUUCAAAUCACAGGGGACGUGGGAAUAUGAACCAUAUGAUUGUUAGCUAAUGCUGACAACUUGCUGCUACUAACCUCAAAAGUUGUAUUUGCCUCAGUCGUGGACAAUAUGAACCUGGCUGGAUUAUAAAUCUCUCUAACUUACUUCACUCUACCACAGUCAGCUACCACAGCCUAAGAAAACUAUUUAUGCCUGUGAUAUAAAUACCAGUUUCCAAGGAGUACAGACUACCUGAGGACUGAAAUCAGUAUGAUGAGAAGGACCAAUCUUAGUACAUUGGGACCACCAAUUGUCAAGAACCACUUGAAACUUGGAAGCAUUCUUCUGUAUAAUACCUUGUAAUCCUUUUGGUAGAUUUCAGUGAUAUAUUUUCCACAUGACCAUUAUAAUUCUAAAAUUAAGAAUGUUAUUUUACAUACUUAAGCAAAAUUGGGAACGCUGCGGCAGUAUCUGAAAAAGUUAUUUAUUUGGAGUUUAUGGAGGGUUUUCUUUUAUUUGUACUGGGAGUGCUCUGGUUGGCUAGUGUGAACACUGGCAAAGAAAAUGGGUACUAGCUUAGAUACAUGUCAGUAUUCUUUGUGCUAUUGAAACAGACAGGUAACAGGCCUAACAACUCCUUUAGAAAUACCCAGAUUUUGAGUGUGUACUUAAUGUAAAUAGAAUAGAGGAUUUGGAAGUUAAUGUGCAUACAGCAAUGAAACACUGCCAUCUCUUGGUCCUGCUCUAGAAAACCCUGAAAAAUAUGUCUUUAACUAUCAGCCUGCUGGGAAAAUAACUGGAGUUCUUCUCC